AUGUUGUGGGAUCUAGGAACUGGCAAAAUUGUUCAGACACUCGAGACCCAAUCACCUGUCACCAUUUCUGAAGUGAGUCAGGAUGGUCGCUAUAUAACCACUGCUGAUGGAUCUACUGUUAAGUUUUGGGAUGCAAAUCAUUUUGGAUUGGUUAAAAGCUACUACAUGCCAUGCAAUGUAGAAUCAGCUUCAUUGAAACCAAAUCAUGGCAAUAAGUUCAUUGCUGGAGAUGAAGACAUGUGGGUCCAUGUGUUUGAUUUUCAUACUGGAGAAAAGAUUGUUGCAACGAGGGUCACCAUGCAUGGUCCUGUCCACCCUGUAUGUUUCUCACUUGGAGGGGAAUCCUACGCUCCAGGAUUUGAAGAUGGUACCAUUAGAAUAUGGCAGGCAGGCUCGAGGAAUCAUGAAUGGAAUGAUUCAGAACAUCCAAAUGGACUUAGUGGAAGAGUGAAGGUAGAGGUCACUGGUAAGAUUGAGAGUGGCCUUCAUAUCAGCCGGGAAGGGGAGAGGGAUAAGGCUACAAACGCAUGA